UGCGCGAGGUUUUGUUAGCGUGUGACGUCACGGCUGUUGUCACUAGUGUCGGCCUGUUCGUUCAUCCGCUUCAUCCAGCCGAUUAUUAUCUGCUUUCAGACUGCAGUAAAGAAACACACACCGCAUAUAGAAUCACAUUAGACUGCUUUUCCCCAGCGUGCUGCAAUGGCCGACCCGAAGUAUGCAAACCUGCCGGGCAUCGCCUCCAACGAGCCUGACGUCUAUGAGACGAGUGAUCUGCCCGAGGAUGAUCAGGCACAUUUUGAGUCGGAGCUGGAGGAGCUGUGUAGCGACAGCGUGGAGCGGAUCGUCGUCAAUCCCAACGCCGCCUACGACAAGUUCAAAGACAAACACAUCAGCGCCAAGGGUCUGGAUUUCUCAGACCGCAUCAGUAAGAGUCGCAGGGUGGGCUAUGAGUCUGGAGAGUACGAGCUUUUAGCUGAGGGUUGUGGCGAGAAGGAAACUCCUCAGCAGAAAUAUCAGCGACUGGUUAAUGAGAUUCACGAGCUCUGCCAGGAUGUGGAACAUAUUCAGGCCUCGACUAAAGAGAGCAGCUCGGAGGAGCGUUUGACUCCGGUGGCUUUGGCUCAGCAGGCGGCGCAGCUCAAACAGCAGCUGGUUUCAGCUCAUCUGGACUCUCUGCUCGGACCCAACGCUCACAUCAACCUCACCGACCCCGACGGAGCGCUCGCCAAGCGGUUGUUGACUCAGCUGGAGGUGGCUCGGGGCGUGAGGGGCGGCGCGGGUGCAGAAGGCAAGACAGCGGCACCCAAAGGACCGGACGGAGUGAUUCUCUACGAGCUCCACAGCCGACCGGAGCAAGAGAAGUUCACCGAGUCUGCUAAAGUCGCCGAGCUGGAGAGACGGCUGGCUGAACUGGAGAUGGCUGUGGGAUCCGGCUCAGAGAAACAGGGUCCGCUCAGCGCCGGGGUUCAGGGAGGCAGUCUGAUGGACACUAUAGAGCUGCUGCAGGCGCGGGUCGGUGCGCUGGAUGCGGUCACGCUGGAUCAGGUGGAAGCCAGACUACAGAGCGUUCUGGGGAAGAUGAAUGAAAUCGCCAAGCACAAGGCAGCCAUCGAGGACGCUGAGACCCAGAACAAGGUGUCUCAGCUGUAUGACGUGGUGCAGAAGUGGGAUGCGAUGGCCUCGUGUCUCCCGCAGCUGCUGCAGAGACUGCUGGCCGUCAGAGAGCUGCACGAGCAGGGUCUGAUCUCCUUUCAUCCGGCACUCAUUCUCUCUCGCUUCACUCCAGGCGAUGCAGUUCGGGCAGCUGCUGACUCAUCUGGACACCACACAGCAGAUGAUCAACAGCUCUCUGAAGGACAACAGCUCUCUGCUCUCGCAGGUCCAGCAGACCAUGAAGGAGAACCUGCUGGCUGUGGAGGAGAACUUCUCCGCGCUGGACCAGAGGAUGAAGAAACUCUCCAACUAAAAGCCAUCGCUCUUUCAGCUCUGUUUCUCGUGCCGCACUUUUGUGUUUCUGCAGAGCGUCGAGACCAAACACUACAGAAGCUCCUGAAGCAAGAAGAAGCUCCAAAGUCUGAAGUUCUGAUUUUACGCCCUUUCCAUCCUGAUCCACACGGACUUUGUUUAGAAGGCGAGGCGACGCUGUGUGUGUAAAUACAGGCUUGUCUGUGAGCGAUCGCUUGUAACCGUUAUUGUAUUAUUAAUGUGUGGCGCAGUCCACAAAUUAGGAUCAUUUUCCAAUAUAGAAUUUCAAAAA